GACGAUUCGCGCCAUAGAGCGAAGAGGGGAGGGCUCUCCCCGACUCCCUGCACGUUGUUAUUGGUCCUACUGAGAACCACGCACACAUUUGCGGCACAUUGUCUGAAAAAUCCGCAAAGAAAAAGGAAAUGGAGGAUGGUCGUGCUCUAGCAGGGAUACUCGAGUCAAGGGCGGGCUCUAGUAGUCUUGAGUCACGCUGAGAACGAUGUCCAGUUGACUUGACGACCCCCCCGCCCUUGCUCCUUACUAGUAUCCUCGCGGCAUUAUUGAUAACAGCCAAGCCAUUAUUAAGGAAGAAGUCGGCCUUUUGAGUCGGAAGGGAAAGGGGCACGUAAAACAAUGACAACUUCGAGACGCGAGACAAGGAUGGUCUCGAGGACGAGACAGAGUAUUUGAACGGGCUACCAGAAAUGACGUUGCAAUUGACAAGCACAGCGCGCGGCACUCUAUACACAAUGGCGAGCAACGUGUUGGAAUAUGAGGAGGAGGAGGAUUUCGACGUACAGCAGCACCCAACUGAACUUGGCAUCGUCAAACCUUACAUGUUUGAGCCGCUCAGGAGGUUGGAACCUGACAGUGACGACGACGAGCAUCCAAGUAGCAGCUGUACAACAGAAAAAGAGAGUGGCCGCUGGGUCGAUGUUACGGGUGGCAGAAUUCACUGACUUCCCAGAUGUAGAGACCCAAAAGCAUUUGGACACAUCAGAGUUUCUUUCAGAUGUAACACCUUGACCGAAAAACCCUAGUCUUUCAACACUCAAGAAAAGGAAGAAUACACACAGUCCCAGUUGCCUAGAAGAUAAUGGCUCACGAGUGGGAUUCGUAUUUUCAAAAUCUCACACCACUGUCGUCAGAUCCAAAGACAUUGAGGACAUCAGAGCCAGAAGGAAGUCUAGCCCAACAUAUUGAGACCUUUGUGGGACAGCACGAGUUCUCAAACUCCACAGCUUCAGACUCUGCCCCUGUAACAGACUCUACAUUUGAUACAAAGUAUUACUCAACUUCCAAUGUUGGAAAUUCCGCUUCUGAUUGUUCUUACGAAAGCUUCUAUAGAGAAACACCUUGGCAAGCUGAUGAAGGACUCAUGUUAAAGGAUACCUCGUUGAGAUGUGAAAAUGCUGAUAUUAAAGAUUUAGCCAUGAAUGGAUUAUCUUCAUCUGGACCCUCACCUUCAUCCUAUUCUGCUGAGUUACAAGGACUUCAGCAAAACUGUGAACUUUUAGCUUCAUCACUUCUUGAGGACUAUUCGGAUGUCAGUAGUUGCUCGGACACAGAAGUAAAUGAAACAAGGCCUUCUUGUAAAUUUAUUACUCGUCCAACUCGACAGCCUAAACCGGAUUCUACAACGAAACAAAGUCCAUCAGAUUGGCUUUUCACACACCCUGAAAAUGUGACAUUUUCAAAUGAAAUAAAAGCAAUUUGCCCAGGUUCACCAAAAUUGAUGACUGGAGGAAAUAUAGAUGAAUGUAUACAAGGGACAAACAAAGGUUUUGAAGAAAAUGGGAGUUGUAACACAGUACACAAUCAAUCCUUCUCUGGGAUUUCAACGAGAGAGAGUGGGACCAUUGAGGAUUGUAAUGAGAAAGAGGGACUUCCAAUUCAAGAACAAGAACAAAAUGUGGACCAUUAUCAAAUUGAGGGAUACUACUCAGACAUCUCAGUAAGUGACAAUGAAAACCUGACCGGCAUGGAGGAUCACCCAGAUCAUAUGGAGGAGCAUAGGACUAUAACACCUGAAUAUACAAAAAUGCCAAUUGCAAAGAUGGAAGAUGAGGACAAUGGACUGGAGAGAGGAACAGAGGAAACAAAGGAAUCAUGCCUACUGGAAAAUGACGUCAAUGACGUCCCUAACGUCAUUGGACAGCAAAAAAUAAAUAUGACCCAUGGUGAGGAGGCUUGCAGUGCUGUGCGACAAAGGGAAGAAAAAGAAUUAGAUUCUUUGGGUGAGGAAACGUUCAAUGUACCAAAGCAAACAAAUAUCGAAUUUUCCAGUGUUCAUGAUGAAAGCAUGGAAAUAGACAACCCCCUAUCAGAUAUGGAGAUCAAUUUUCAGGACAAUGAAAUGAAUACUGACACCCCUCAAAUCUCAGAUCCUCCUGAGUCAGAGUCUAAUGAUGCGCUUCGUGAACUGGUGGAAUGCACAAAUAUGCUGGAGACCAAUAGAGAAGAUAUCGGUUCCUGUUUACAGUUCUCGAAAAGCCAGCCUUCUCAAAAUGUGGUUCUGGACAAUAUUUGUUGCCCCGUUCCAAUGAGUGAUGGUAAUUUGAGUGAUGCCAGUGCCAAGAAGAGUUUGUGUAGUAAUUCAGAUUACUCUCUAAACCCAAAUAACCCAAGAACAGACAGUAAUUUGGUUAGUGACGAUCUGGGGAGUGGCAAUAACAAGCAAGAUGUUGGUAUCAUCUCAGACUGGCAACAACAACCCUGCUCAAGAACAGAAACAAAUAUUUGUGAGGAAGAGGAAAUUAAAUGUUUCCAAGAGGAGAAUCAGACAUCCUCUAAAAAUUCAGAUUGUACUGGUGUGACUAUUACCACUUCUAUUUUGGAUGUGCAUGUUGAGAACAAACACAGCAUUUCAAAUGAUUUAAAGUCCUUCUCACAGAAGAGUGACUUGAAAAGUUCAGAUUGUACUGGUGUCACUAUUGACGCUUGUAUUUUGGAUGUGCAUGUUGAGAACAAACAGAGCAUUUCAAAUGAUUUAAAAUCCUUCUCACAGAAGAGCGUCUUGAACAAUAAUUGUGAUUCCUACAAAGAUAAGGACCCUGCGGAAAACACUCCUCAAUGUCCAGAAAACAUACUUCAUCAAAAUCCAGUAUGCCCGGAGCAAGAGCUGACUCAGUGCAUUGAUAAAAAUGUAAGGGUGUCAUUUGAAGGGAUGGACACUUCAGAGGAAGAAAAGUUGAUGCUUGGUGAGCAGUAUGGGGAACCUCCUGUUGCAAAACACUCAAGUGACACUGACUCGAUGAAACCUGAAGAAUCAAAGUGUAUUGUCCAAUCAAAAGGCAAUAGAAUGGAUGAGUCAGAAGAACAAGGUAGCGCUCUAAAAUCCUCUUUACAAAUGAGGAAACGCCUACAGCCUGUUGUAAUUAUGAAUAAAAUGGAGCCUGCUCCAAGUGAUUUAUACCAGUGUGCACUUUGCCAGCAAAUAACCCAUAGUGUUGACCAUCUAAUUGAACACCACCACUGUCAACAUUCAGACCAGAUUUUCCAGUUUUGCAAAACAUCCAAUAAAUACUUGAUCAGUAAUGAACUAUCACACAAGUAUGUGGGCAACAACACCGAAGAACCUCAACUUGCUUCUGAUUCUUCUCACCGAAAAAGAAAAUCUCAUCAUUGCAACCGUUGCAAUAUGACAUUCUCAAAAAUAAUUCUAUAUGUGCAGCAUAUGCGUGGUCACACUGGUGUCACGCCUUAUAAAUGCGAUGGAUGCGACUUAUAUUUUGCACAGAAUUGUACCUUGAAGAGACACAAAAACAAACCUGGUAGAUGCAGAAAUUUCAAACCAGAAAAUCCAGAUGCAAAAUCCAGUGACCAUGAAGUUAUCAAGCUAGUAAAACAUGAAACUACGCCACCACCACCACCACAAAACGUUGUGAUGGAUCGGAGACCGCUUGAAAGUCUUUCUCAAUGUUAUGUGAAUUUGUUUGAUGUCUGCAAAACUAAUGUCUGUGUCUAUUGUGGCAAACACUACUCAACUCCGAGGAAAGUCAAAAAGCAUAUUUACAACAUGCACAAAGGAAACCCUCCAGGUGUUUGGCAAAACCAUACUACUAUGAAACUGACUAAGAAAACAAAUGAGAAAACAUUAAAAAUAUCUCUUGAGAAAACUGAAAAUAUUGAAAAUGAGACAAGAGGUAAAUAUAAAUGUGCUCUCUGUCCACGAAUUUUCUUGCAGUCCUACAACAGAGCUAGACAUUUGCGUGAUUGUGUCAGACUGGCUGUUUCUCGUAAUAAGGGAAAGGUUGGCAAUAAAUACAGGUGUCCACUGUGCCAUGCUACAUUUACACAGCCAGGUAAUAGAUACAGACAUAUUAAAACCUUCUGCCUCAGAAGAACUCAUAAUCAGUUAUUAAAAGAGAAUGCAGAAUCAGAGCAAAUGGUGGACCUCAAUAUUAAGAAAGAGUUGAAGAGAAUGGGACAGAAAAAAGUGGCCAUGGAAAACAAGCAGACAGAAUCCAAUUCAACAACCCCUAAAACUAUACAAAGAACUUACAAAUGUGGUGUCUGUCCAGCAGUUUUCCAGCAAGUGUCUGGUCUCUACCAACAUGUAAAGAGACAUGAGUCUAAAAUUACUGGCAAAAUGAUCAAGUACAAGACUUCAGUUUUGUCCAGGAAGUCAAAUAUAAAACCUUUAAUGAGGACAGAGACAGAGCAGACUGAGGACAUUCUGAAAUCAGAUGAGAAGGCCAAUGUUUCCCUGAGCUGUCGAUAUUGUGAAAAAAAAUGUGACACGGAACAGUCAUUAAAGAAUCAUGAGAGGUGUCACAGGGGUGAAAGGCCAUACCGCUGUCUUGAUUGUAGAAGAGGGUUCAAGAAAAGAGUCUACCUUAUGGCUCACAAAGUUGUUCAUCAGAGUAUACAGUGCACACUUUGCAGAAAGAUUCUUCCAAAUGCCAGAAAUCUUGUCCAGCACGCUAAAUUGCAUCAUAAAGGGAAAAUGUUUCCAUGCCCCAACUGUCAGAAGCAGUUUUUGAGUCCUAUGGAGCUCCUUAGACAUCUAAAAUUACAUCAAAAGGAAGGCGAGGCACCGCUUUUGAACGGGGAAACACUGAAAUCCUUGAAAUCUGUACAAGCGCCAAGUGAACUAAAGGAACUACAAUGUUCCCUUUGCAACGAAGUAUUUGGUGAUGGCCACUUGCUAAGGAAACACAGUCUAACACACAUAUCUUCGUGUCAAUGUCCAUAUUGCGAUCAAAAGUUCAAAGCCCGUCGUUAUUUACUCCUUCACAUGUUCAAACAUACAGGAGAGAAACCUUACUCCUGUACUCAAUGUGGAAAAAGUUUCUAUCAUAAACCAAGCCUGGAAACUCAUAAGGAAAUGUGUGUGCCAACUCAAAACCCAGAGCAUUCCCAACCUAAAGGGCAUAAGUGUUCAAUUUGUUCCCGAACAUUCAAAAAGAAAGUACACCUGAUGGCUCACAAAAAUGGCCACAAGAAUAAUACUCUGCGUGUCUGCACGAAUUGUAGGAUGUUCUUCGGCUUAAGUAAAUUUGGUCUUCAUCGGAGAACGUGUGGGGAGAUAUCGCAACCCAACAAUAUCUUAUCCUCUAAUGGUGAUGCCUGUCAAAACAUUCCACAGAAAAGCCAGACUGUUACUAAAACCACUUCCCAGUCCAGUGCAUCGAGGAUGCUUCCAUUUAAAUGUCCUAACUGUACAAGGAGGUUCAGGUUCAGAUCAUUACUCUUAAAACACAGCGUUUCACAUACUGGUGUACAACCGUAUGCAUGUAUACAUUGCGGUGAACGAUUUUCAUCCAACUCGUUGCAGUUGCAGCAUGAAGAGCACUGUAAUGAUGUUUCCAAGGAAGAGGAAUCAAAAGUUAACGAGGCUUCAAUCGAAUUGACAAAGAUGCCUGCUUGCAUGGAGGAAGAACCGAUAUCCCUAGAGAAAGCUGGAGAUGAGUACAAAUGCAAAUUCUGCACUAAGACCUUUGUGAAGCCACGAAGCCUGCGACGUCAUAUUUUGACUCAUAAUGAAGUGAAUCCCUAUCGGUGCAAAGCCUGUGGCAGCUGCUUUUCAAGGUAUGAUUAUCUUAAGGUACAUCAUGCUCAAUGUAAAGGAAAACGAUUGCGGUUGCAAAUCUGCAUUCCCAAAAUCAGUUUGGAUGAUGUUGGCAAGGGCUGGCAAAACAGGCUUGCCAUUAAACCUAUGAAACAGCAGGAGAGAUUUGACUGUAAAGUUUGUUCCAAGAGCUUCCCAACUCAGUCUGGAGUCUCCCGCCAUGUCACACUAUUUCAUACUGUCAAAUUGUUUAGGUGCCCACAUUGUGAUACAGAGUUUACUCACGAAAAAUCUCUGAACUACCACAUGAAGCAUAAAAACUGUAAAAAAGUAUCCAAGAAACAAGAUUCUACUCCACCACAGGAUAAUCUACCAUCAGAAAAUGUUAAGCCACUCCAGGAGGGAAAAGCUACACACCAACUCCAGCUUUAUUCUAACAAAAAGCACAAAUAUACUUGCAUUUACUGCCCCCGUGCUUUUGCAAACAGUGCACGGUUACGAAUACACACUCGGUUGCACACAGGGGAGAAACCGUUUUCUUGCGAUUGUGGCCUGCGAUUCAUCAGGAAUGACUACUUAAAACGUCAUUGUCUGAAGUGCACCGUCAAACUUUGUAAGACAUGUGGUGUAGCAUUCCCCCAAAAAGAACUUUACGAUCAUCAAACAACUUGCACUUCAACAUCAUGCCAGUCAAUGAAGCGAGAAGAAAUUUCUCAAAGCCUUACAAAAGGCUUUUCUUGUGCCUACUGUUCUUUACGUUUUUCUUUGUUUUCACAGCUUCAGGAACAUUUUUUGAAUGCACACAAACUGGAAAUGAUGGAUCCACCAGCAUCUCUUGCUCCUCUUCAACAUCAUCUUUCAAAGCUACCACCCAUUAAAGAUGAUGGGCGUGACAAACAGCCCGGCGAAGGUUCUAAUUUGACAUGUAAACUAGAUACCACACUUGUUGGUGAUGUUUCUGAAUCACUAGUUUGCCCAGUCUGCAAUUUGUCCUUUGAAAAUAAAGCUGGACUAAAGGGUCAUUCUCGCAUGCAUUCAAAGGAGAUUCCGUUCAAAUGCAAAACAUGCAAGAAAGGCUUUUGGAAUAAAAAUCUACUCCGCAACCACAACAGGAAAUGCAGGUUUGGAAAUUUUAAUGCAAGGGAUCCAGCUCAGAAACUGGAAGGGCCUCAAAAAGCAGACCUUAAUCUGACACUGCCCAGCUCUGUUCUAGUGUUCAAGGAUGAGUCACAAACAGAGUCUGGAGUUCUGCAGAGAACGUUCUCCUGCAAAGAUCAUUUGGAGGAGUCCCCACAAAACCCUGAUGAAGAUCAGAUGCAAAGCAGCGCAAACAAAGAUAAGAAAGUGGUUCAAUACCAAUGUUCUGAGUGUGAUUUGAGCUUCACUGAUGGCUUGAUGCUCAUCAGUCAUCUGGAAGACCAUGGGAGAGAGGAGCUAGCAAAUAAACGCAUUCCCUGCACAAAGUGUAAAAAUGUUUUUUCCAAUCAAGCAGAUCUUGAAAAACACAUGAGGUCUCAUGGUUUAAGUAAGAAUUUCUCUUGCUCAGGAUGUACCAAGUCAUUUUAUACGUUAUCAGAGUUGGAAAUCCACAAAACAUAUCAUGACUUAAACAGGCCAUUUGCCUGUAAACUGUGCAGUCACAGAUUCUGGUCCAGGCAAUCUCUUGGCUAUCAUUACACUGAAGAGCAUUCUGAACAUACAUCUGCUUGUCGUUUUUGUAAAAAGACCUAUGCCACCAAAAAAUCUCUCCAAAGACACUGCAGAAAAUGGCAUCUAAAAGAGCAAAAGAACUCUGAAAGCAGUCUUGAGCAGAAACCCAAUGUGGCUUGUCAAAGUAGUGAAGAUGAAAGUAAUAGUAGUGAGGACAGUGACUCUGCGCCUUACUUCCCGUGUCAUGUAUGUGGAAAGACAUUUCCCACAUCGGAAAAUCUGGAAGAUCAUCAAAAAUGUCAUCUUGGUGAAAAACCUCAUGAAUGUGCAGAAUGCGGAAGAUGUUUUUUCCAGGCCUCCCAGUUGGAGCAGCACAAACGCAUGCACAAGUCUGAGUUACAGUGUCAGGUGUGCGGAAGGGGGUUUGUGUCCCUCUUUGCUCUGCGAAAACACAAACAUAGUCAUGGCAAGAGUCGUCCACACCGUUGCUCCAGAUGUCAACUCAGCUUCUCAGGGGCCUCCCAGUUAGCAGAACACAUGUCUACCCACCGUGAAGAAAACUUUCCAUGUGACAUAUGCAAUAAAGUGUUCCCUUCCAAGAGUAGUAGAGCUGAGCACAGAAAAGAACAUGCAUCAAGUGAGCGCCCCUCUUGUUUCCCUGAAAAGUCUACUCCCUCUGAAAGUUACCCAGAAAAGUUGAAAAACUUGAAAUACCGUUGUGGUUUAUGUUAUGAGUGCUUCAAAGACCCAGAGGACCUCUCAGAGCAUGGUUGCAAGGCCUCCAAGGAGCGGCUGUAUUCCUGUUCUGGUUGUGAUAAACAUUUUCUCCACUUAUCCCAUUUGAAACAGCACAGGGUCACCCAUCAAAAAUCAACGACUGAUAGUGAGUAUUCAUGCAGUCGCUGUAAUACCACUUCUUCCUCCAUUGAGCAGUUCCUCAGCCAUGUGAAGACUCAUACAAAUGAGCUUAUUGGAACUGGAAAGAAUGCUGAUGGUUACAGAUGUCCCAUUUGCAGCGAAUGUUUUGUUAAGGCCACCGAAUUGAUUUCCCAUAUUCCUGUUCAUUCUGAAAAUAUGCUGAAAUGUGAAAUGUGCAAAAUUAUCUUUUCCUCCAAAAAUGAGCUUGAAGAACAUGAGCAAAGACAUCAUAGCUCUGUUUCCGAAUUCGAAUGCAAGGGCUGUGACAAGAGAUUUUUGGGAAGUGAUGCGUUCCACAAGCACUCCUGUUCCCCUAAACGGCAAGAAAUGGUGGUGACUGCAGAGAAGUCAGGUGCAGAAACUAACCAUCAGGAUGCUGCGGAAGAGGAAGAAAUUGAUGUCACAGGAGAGGAACUGUACAACUGCAGCACUUGCGCAAUGCAGUUCUCUUCAAAAAGUAUUCUGCUGGAGCAUCAAAACAAAGUGCAUUUAAAUGAGAAGCCAUUCAAAUGCAAGCACUGUGCAAGAUCCUUUGCCUUUAGUCAUACCCUUCAAAGGCAUGAGCUGGGGGUGCACAUGAAACAGGCUCAAACAGCACCGCAAAGCCAGUUGAAAUGUCUCCAGUGUCCUUCUAAGUUCAACACAGCCCAAGAGCUUUCAUUACACAUGAGAAUGCAUGCCGAACGACAAGUCGGACAGCACCGCUGUGAUAUGUGCUAUAAGUCAUUUGCACACUCGACUCAGCUUCUGCGGCAUCAGGAAAGCCAUGUUGGCCAAAUUGUGUAUGAAUGCACCGAAUGUGACAAGGCCUUUGCUUUCCCUCACCUGCUGGAGGAGCAUCAACAGACACAUGCUUAGUGCUCAAACGAUUCGCCAAUGCACAACAUCUCCACAAUACUACUUGAAGAACUUGUAUCCGACUGAACCCCCCCCCCCAAAAAAAAAUUUGGAAAAAAAAAAAUCCUAUUUGUGUCAGUCCCUAUUGAUCUUGUAAAUAUAAAUUCUAGUGUUGGUCUUUGUAUCAAGUACCAAGACCAAAUCUUGUUGUUCAUAUACUGUACAUGGAUUCUCUCAUUUUGAACUGUAAAAUUGUACAUAAUUAUGACAAACUAGUGUUUAUACCAUCCUGGUACAAGGGUUCCGUAUUCUAAAGUUUUAAGCUUCAUUUUCAAGGCCUUGGAAGUUGUUUUUAGUCAGUUUCAGCAAAUGGCUAGUAAUUUUUUUUUUUAUAAAUACAUUAGUGAUUUUAGUUCGUUUGUUUAAAACUGAGGAAACUCUUGUACACUCAUUUGACAAAUGUUCGAACUGAAUCAGCAGAUCUGACCUGAACAUGGUCAUUUAAGAAUUUUGUCUAUUGAACUGGAAAACCUGAGUUUUGCUGUUACUUUUGGGGAGCAAAAAUAAAUGUUUGUCAUGGAAAUUGUUGCUUUAUUUGACCAAAUAGUUCACCAUGUACAAAGUUUGUUGUCGCUUUACACUUUUAGUUUAGUCAGAUUGUGAAGCCUCAGUGAGUGUUUACUUCUAUAAGAUACUAUUUGCAGCGUAUAAAAAGUCUGUCAAUCUGCUUGGUCCUACAAAACCUUGUGAAUACUUCAUGUAUAAUGUUCUUAAAUGUUAUUAAAAGGUCUUUUUUAUGGGAAGAAAUAGAACUUUUC